UUCGUCUACUCGUUUAUAAUAACCAACUUACCGCACUAAUAUCAUAAAUAACUAUUAACCAAAUAACCAACCAACCAAAACAGCAUAUUUGUGUCGUUUAUCGUGUAGAUAGUAUAUCUGUCUGUAAUUUCGUAUCACAAUUACUAAGAACGUUUUUAUUGUUGAUUAGCACUACAAUGCAAUACAAACUAAAAAAAAAAACAAUAUAAAUAAUUUCUAUAACGACUAUGCAAAAUAACGGAAUUUCGCAUUAUAAAUUGAACUGGUUUCUCUCGUGCUCGCGACCUUGUUGCUCUUAGCGCGAGUGAUAUCAAACCGUCAUGUUAUGAAAUGUAACAGUUAUGUAACCGUGUGUAGUGAGAAGACGUUUCACGUAAACCGGUCGUUUAAUAACGUAGGUUAGUGUCAUCGUUCGUCGAAUUGACAGGCUCCAAUUGCAUUUAGCAGUUUGUCGAUAAAUAAGUGAAGGUUGUUUUAUUCUUUUCUUUUCAAGUAGCAUUAAUAUCAUUUACGAUUGUGAAUUGAAUGCCUCGAUCGACUUCAAUGAAAACAAAAUGGGGACGCGGGCGCUGCUAGUCUGUGCGUGUAUAUCGAUCGUUAGCGCUACUUUAGAGGUUGUCAACCAAUGGAACCUCCUUCAGUUCGACUUUCCACCUGAUCCAGUGCUUCUGGAGAAGUUUCAACCGGAGAAUACGGUGCCCACGGGCCUGGAGAUCGGAUGGGACAAGCUGUAUCUGGGAAUACCCCGGCUACGAGCUGGAGUUCCGGCCACCGUCGCUUGGGUACCACGCAGCUUACCACCCGGUGUUAGUCCAGUUCUACAGGCGUAUCCGGAUUGGUCAUGGCACAGUGCCGGUCGCGGCGACAUCAACUGUACUGGGCUGAUAUCGGUGUACCGUAUCCGAGCCGACCGCUGCAACAGGCUGUGGGUGCUAGACGCGGGCGUAAUCACCAGCAUCGACGACUUCCGACGCGUCUGUCCGCCAAAAAUACUCAUCUUCGAUAUGGCUACCGAUCGGUUGGUCAGAAGCGUUUACUUUCCUCGCGAGCUGCUGCGGCCUGCGUCCCUCCUCACCAACCUGGUGCUCGACGACACUCGGGCGCACACCACGCGCCUCUCCGGCACAUGCGAUAACAUUUUUGCGUACAUCAGCGACACUGUGGCUCCAGGAAUCAUAGUGUACGAUGGCCGCCGCGACAAUGCGUGGCGAGUCACGCACGCGUCCAUGUACCCAGACCCUGAUUUGGGGGAGUACGACAUCGGCGGGGAGAAGUUCACGCUCAUGGACGGCAUCGUCGGCCUCGCCCACUCGCCCACGCAGGGACUUCUGUACUACCAGCCUUUGGCUACUGACAGGGUGUUCAGCGUGUCGACUGCAGUGCUGGCCGCGGGCCCACCGGCUGAAGGCACCGACUUGCCCGUGAACUUGGUGGGCCGAAAGUCGUCGCAAGGGUUGGGGAUCGCUGUGGACCCUCGGGAUGACACCAUCAUCUUCAGCCCGAUCACUGAAACCGCUAUUGCCGCUUGGAACCCCAUCACGAACUCUCAUAAGUUGCUGGCGAUAGAUCCGGAGAAGCUACAAUUCUGCGCAGAGGUUCGGUGGGCCGAGCGCGACAACGGUGCGGUCUGGGGACUCUCCACGCGUUUCCACAAGUUCUUCAGGCGCUCUGUUUCUAAGCACGAGAUUAAUCUACGAGUGUUCCGCAUCCCUGAGAGCGGUUAUGGCUCUCUGCAGCCGCACGUGUUGCGCCGCGCCACGCGACGUUCCAACGCCACCUUCUACUGA